CCCCGCCAAAAACCAAGAAAAAUAACCAAAACCCACAGAAAAAGAAAGAAAGAAAGUAGUUUUUGUAACACAAUGAGGAGAUAUGGUGAUGAUGAUGAUGAUUGAUGAUACCCUGCAAUCUCCAACAGCAACAAACAACAACAACAAUCUCUUUCACUCCUUCUCUCUCCUCUCUCACUUUCUCUCUCUCUCUCCCAUUAUGAUAAAAAAUCACUCUUUAUCAAAUUUCCUCUUAUUUCCCUCUCAUGCCCAACAAUUAUUUUGAUAUAUAAGCUUAUAACUAACUACCCCAUGAAACCCACCUAUCUUAUUACAAAAUUCAAAGGAGAAAAAACCCAAAAAGAAACAACACAAAUAGUGUAAAAAAUAAGUAAACAAGUUAAAUUUAUUCCAAAAAUGGAGAAAAAGUGUGGUUGUUGGGCAGUUUUGCGCAGAAAUGUUAGAGGUUCCUGCAAAUCUUCUGCUUCCAAAAAUUCUGCUAAUUCUAUACCUCGUUCUAGCCUUGUUUAUGAUGCAGCUGCUGAAACCAGGUAUCUGAAUGCUAGCAAUAGGGAAAUGUGUGUACCAAAUGAUGAUCCUCAGCUUCCCUCGGAUCCCCCUGAUCCACCAGGACCACCACCUUUAGAAACAAAACCACCUCCUCAACUCCUCCAAUUCACAUUUCAGGAACUAAAAUCGGCCACCGGAAACUUUAGGCCCGAUAGUAUACUCGGGGAGGGCGGUUUUGGGUAUGUUUUUAAGGGAUGGAUUGAAGAGAAUAGCACAUCACCUGCAAAACCAGGGACUGGAAUUACUGUUGCUGUUAAAAGUUUGAAGCCAGAUGGUCUCCAAGGUCACAGAGAAUGGGUGGCUGAAGUUGAUUUUCUUGGGGAACUUCAUCAUCCAAAUCUUGUUAAGCUCAUUGGGUAUUGUAGUGAAGAUGAUCAGAGACUUCUUGUAUACGAGUUCAUGACUCGUGGAAGUCUCGAGAACCAUCUCUUUCGAAGAACUAUGCCUCUUUCAUGGUCGAGCAGAAUGAAGAUAGCACUUGGUGCAGCUAAAGGAUUAGCAUUUCUUCAUGGGAACCGGGAGCCUGUCAUUUACCGAGAUUUUAAGACCUCGAAUAUAUUGCUUGAUUUGGAGUUCAAUGCAAAGCUCUCAGAUUUUGGUCUUGCCAAGGCAGGGCCUCAGGGGGACAAAACCCAUGUUUCUACUAGAGUGGUAGGAACAUAUGGUUAUGCUGCACCGGAAUACGUGAUGACAGGGCACUUGACAUCUAAGAGCGAUGUUUACAGCUUUGGUGUAGUGCUACUUGAGAUCCUAACCGGGAGGAGAUCAAUGGACAAGAAACGGCCUAGUGGUGAGCAAAACCUUGUUACUUGGGCUCGGCCAUAUCUAACAGACAAGCGGAAGCUAUAUCAUAUAGUUGAUCCUCGUUUGGAGCUCAACUAUUCUAUUAAAGGUGUGCAAAAGGUCUCCCAAUUGUCUUAUAGCUGCCUUAAUCGAGACCCUAAAUCCCGUCCUUCAAUGGAUGAAAUAGUGAAGGUCCUCAUCCCAUUGCUAGACCUUAACGACAUGGCAAUUAUAUCAUAUCAAUCGCGGUUAUCUCAACCAGGGAGGCGAAGAAAAAAGUCUGAUGGACAUGUACUUAAUAUGUCUUCCCACCCCCUUCAGAUUAGGAAUAUUAGGAACUCUCCCUUGAAUUCUGGUAAGCAUCAUCCUUGCUAAUAGUUUAUCAUAAUUUGAUCAUUCUUCCCUUCUGAGUUGUGUUAUUGGAAGAUUCUCUCCGAAAACUUGAUGAUUUCGCGAAAGGAUGAAUCACGUUGAAGUUGAUCAGGACUAAUGAUGCUUCAUAGAUCCACCCUUAUAAAAUUUUUUUCUUCAUUUUUUAGCUUGCAAAUUGUAGCACCUUUUGGAUAUUUCUUAAGAAUGAUUUAGUGUGCUAAUAGCUCAAUUUCACUCAAUAUAUGAGUUUUGAAUGUUGCCUGUGCUAA